UUCACACUAGUGUCCUCUCACUGUAGGCAGGUCACUGGGAGGGAGGGCAGGUAGCCUCAAAGUUAGCUCUGUGUCUUUAUGGUUGUCUUUCUGCCGUUCUGUCUUAAUUCAUAUACAUGAAGAAGAGGGGUGUUUGUGUGUAGUGGACUGGUGGCCUUUAACGUUGCAGCUGGGGCUUGCACAGGGACUCUUCCACUUGCCGCCAUCACUCAGACAAGCUGGGAAAGGAUGUACUGCCUGCUGGAUCUCUUGAACAUUCCCAACUAGAAACCAUGGCUGGAUUUUACGGCUGCUUGCAUGUAAAGAACAGUGACUGCAGUAUCAUGGCCUCUGGACCAUCAGAUGUGUUGACCAACCAGGAUCCAGCAGACACCACUGAAGAGUGCACAGGCAAGAAGAAGUCCAAGUUCCAGACCUUCAAGAACUUAUUUUCUAAGAAGAAGAGAAAGGAGGCUGCUGCUCCUGCCAGGGGGGACAGUGGGUUGAAGUGUAGCCAGUCUAGUGACAAUGUCAACGCCCCCGAACCUGCACUUCUCAUCCGCUCUGAGAAAGACGAGGGUUCUGGGUCAAAAAUAAAUAUGGGUAAUAAGGCUCUGUCACAUGACAGUGUCUUUGUCUCUGAAUCUCCCCUGUCAGAGGUGACUGAGGGUCUAGGAGUCUCUCAGGACAGCAUCCAUGGGAAAGUCAAGUCUCUACAGGUCAUCAGGCUAGGCUCUCCUCCGUCUCUGUUGAAACAGGUCAUCAGGCUAGGCUCUCCUCCGUCUCUGUUGAAACAGGUCAUCAGGCUAGGCUCUCCUCCGUCUCUGUUGAAACAGGUCAUCAGGCUAGGCUCUCCUCCGUCUCUGUUGAAACAGGUCAUCAGGCUAGGCUCUCCUCCGUCUCUGUUGAAACAGGUCAUCAGGCUAGGCUCUCCUCCGUCUCUGUUGAAACAGGUCAUCAGGCUAGGCUCUCCUCCGUCUCUGUUGAAACAGGUCAUCAGGCUAGGCUCUCCUCCGUCUCUGUUGAAACAGGUCAUCAGGCUAGGCUCUCCUCCGUCUCUGUUGAAACAGGUCAUCAGGCUAGGCUCUCCUCCGUCUCUGUUGAAACAGGUCAUCAGGCUAGGCUCUCCUCCGUCUCUGUUGAAACAGGUCAUCAGGCUAGGCUCUCCUCCGUCUCUGUUGAAACAGGUCAUCAGGCUAGGCUCUCCUCCGUCUCUCCUCCGUCUCUGUUCUUCCAAACCGGUGCAGAGGAACAGCUCCCUGAGUCUGGAAGGGACCGACAGUGAUGAAGACCAGAUGUCCUGUGAGACGGGCUCCAGAUCGGUCAGUCCCCUGGUCUUCCUGCCUGUAGACUUCAGCCAGCCUGCCAGUCCCAUGGGCUGUCUGGACAACACUGCCGCUCGCCACCGCCUGGCUGUCCGACACAAGGCCUGUACCAAGACGAAGAAACCCACCACUAGGGUUGAUGGCAGGGCUGAGGGAGAAUCAUUCCAGGAGGAAAGACAGAAUUGUAUCAUUCCAGAAUCUGUGGAGGAGGAUGAGGAGGAAGAUGUGAAACGCGAGCAGGCUGGUGUUGCGGAGGAGGAGGAGAAGCAGACAGAUGGGGUCGUGGUGUCCCAGCAGGCCGAGCGGUCAGCCUCAGAUGAAGAGGAUAAGCAGGGUGUCCAACAGGAAUUGUCUCAUGCUCAGGAUGCCCCCUCCCUCUCCAUACAGAAUGACUCUGACUCUGAGGAAUGUCUUUCAUGCCAGGCUGAGGUUUCAGCUCCCCGGCUCCAGACCGCCCCACUGCUUGGCUCCAUGAAGUCUCUGGAGCCCCCUACUGGAGAUGACUUCCUCCUGACCCCUCCUGGGUGUGAGGUGGCUGUGGAGGGAGGCUCUCUACUCCAGGAGGUGUUGAUCUCCCUCAAGGGUCCAUUGACAUCUGUCCUGGGGCUGGAGGCAGAGGCUGUGCUCCUGGAGGUGGAGGUGAACAUGGAGGGGUCAGAGGCUGAGAGCGGGGUGGAUGAGCUGGCAUUAAACCCACAGGAAGAAGCGUGUCUCCCCAGUGAUAGACCGGACUACCCAGCAGAGCCCCGAGAGGAGGUGGAAGGUGAGCCGUAUGAAUCUGAGGAGGAGUUAGUGGUGGAACAUUUCAAUCCAAAGGAGGAAGAUGCCGAGGAAAUCAACCCUGAGUACUUAACCAAAGAAGAUCAGGACAUGCCUUCAGUGGAAAAGGAGGAAGAAGAAGAGGAAAUCAACCCUGAGUACUUAACCAAAGAAGAUCAGGACAUGCCUUCAGUGGAAAAGGAGGAAGAAGAAGAGGAAAUCAACCCUGAGUACUUAACCAAAGAAGAUCAGGACAUGCCUUCAGUGGAAAAGGAGGAAGAAGAAGAGAAUGAAGAGGAGAGGGAGGAGGGGGCAGAGGUAGAGGAGAAGGAAACGGAGGAGGUUGUGGAAGAUGAGAGGAGGGAAGAGGAGGACAAAAUGGAGCCAGUCUCAGAUGUGCCAGUGCAGACAGCCUUAUUGGAGCCAGGGGGGGAAGAGGAUGUAACGUCAACCUCUGUGGAGGAUGAUUUCCAGCAGGUUCCAUACAGAGACCCUGAGAGAGCUUGUGAGAGCCCUGAGUGCACCACUGAACUGUCUGACCAAACAGUCACAGACCAAGCCUGUCUCCCCCAACUGCCAAACAGCAGUACACCUCCUCCAGAGUCCCUGGACCAGCCUGAGGCCCCUGCAAACACCACACAGGACCAGGAAGAGCCCAGUGUAACAACUGACCAGCGCUGUAUAACCAGUCCCAGUGCAGCCACCGGCCCAGAGCAGAGCCCACAGGUGCACUGCAGGGGACCAACUGCCACCGAGGAUCCUGGGAAACCAUCUGGUGGUUCUGAACAUAAUAGACACAGGUACACCAUUGCCCCUGCCUGGCAAAGGUUGGCUACCAAAGAGCUAACCUCCCCUUCUCCAUCUCCCUCGGUCACUGUGCCUGGGGCUGUGGAAGCAAAAAGAGACUCCCCAAGUGGAGUGGAGCCACUUAGCCCUGUGGGGGCUGAUGUCCCUGCUAGUCCCAUCCCAACACAGAGCACCACAGCACCCAUCAUGUCACCUGAAGACACUCCCCCUGCAGCCCAGGGGGAAGAGACCCCUGAGAAUCUGUUUGGUGUCAGGCUGAGGAAGACCUCUGUGGGUAUGCUUCGCUUAGGCUCAGAGAGUGAAACUCCCCCUGCAUCCCCAGUACACUCACUUCCCAUAGAGCCACAGAGGGCCUCGUUCACUGAACCACAGUCAAACAGCAAACCUGCCCUGCCCAGAAAGCCCUCAGAGCUGGAUGGUAUGGUCAAGCCAAAGAGAAUACCAGAUCUGUCUGUGGGUCGAGAGCCUAGUGGGGGACCUGGUGGGGGAUCUCAAUCGCCAAGCUGGAUCUCAUUGGCCAGACAAAAGCAGAGGAUCUUAAAAGAGAACUCAUUGGAGGAAACCAUGGAUAGCAAAGACCCUGCAGAGAUGGAGGAGCUUAACAGAAAAAAAUCAAUUCGUACAUUGACAAGGCCUGUCAACAAAGACCAAGCCAAACCUCCAGGAUCUCCUGUUAAAGUGUUGUGUUCCCUGGAGAUCUCCAAGCCUGUCGUGGUUGAGAAGGAAGGGAAGAGAGCCCUGACUCACCCAGCCCCUACAGCCCUGGCUCAGGAUGAGCCCCCGUGGUUGGCACUGGCUAAGAAGAAGGCCAAAGCCUGGAGCGAGAUGCCCCAGAUAGUGCAGUGAAGAUGGGCCAAACCAUCCGUCCGCUGAUGGAUCAGAAUGCAUUUGCACACCCAGAGUAUAAUUUUGUUUUCUACUUCUUCUGCUGUUCUAAUACCUUCAAGCUUCUGAUUGGUCAGACACUGAAACCCUCAAAUCACACGCUGCAGUGAAAGGAGUGAGUUGGGAAUUGGGACAAAUUAGUAAAGGUUUUGAAUUAUUGAUUGAUACGGCAUACAAUUGGAUUUAGUUGACAUGAUAUGUCUUUAAGUAAGACAGACCCAUGACUAAAUUAGUUAUUUGUUUUAAUUUCUUAACUGACAAUGUCGGUCUGUAUGAGGUGAGGUUCAUUUAAGUCAUUUAGCAGAGGUUCAGGUGUGUCAAAACCUUAAACCUAGCCUUGAUCUUUGCUUUGGGGAUGAAUAAGCAUGGAUGGAAAGAAAGAGAUGAAGGUUUCUUCUUUUUAUUUAUUAAAUCUCAUGUUUGAUGUAUUUUUUUAUGUUUUGUAUUACCUUUAACGUGUGUACAUGACUUGUACAUAAAAUGUUCAGUAAUGAACAAAUGCUGUUUCUCUUUGUCAUCUGAACUCAAGAACAGUAAAAUACAAGGAAGUUACAUCUGA